AUGAUACCAUGCGCAGUUGGAGUGUGCAAGAGUCCUCCCCUGAGCUUUGAGCCUCCAGAAACUUGGCCCACACUGCUCAGCCUCGCGGGCUCUAGGGAUGAGCCACCGCCAAUAUGCUCUACAUCAAGCCCCAUUGUCGCCAACAAGCUCGCCUUCGCCAUUGCUUGUGGGGAGGGUGCAUCGUCGACUGCUCCAUCACCAUGA